AUGGCUCCAAGGAAGAACAAGGAGGCAGCUUCUUGGGAAGUUGACGCAGACAAACCCAAACCUGAUGGAGAGACUAGAGUAAGAAGAGCUUACUGUGUCAAGGACCUCGUUACUCAACCAGCACCAGGCAUAGACACCGUACACGAUGUCAUGUUAUAUGCAGCCAAGACACACGGAUCCAAGAAAGGUUUCGCAUCGAGAGAUAUCGAAAAGGUUAUUUCUGAAGAGAAAGAAGUGACGAAGAUGGUCGGCGGUAAACCAACCAAACAGAAGAAGACUUGGAAUUACUUUAAGCUCACUCCCUACAAUUGGAUCACUUACGAAGAAGCCUUACAAUUGGCUAAAGAUAUAGGUUCUGGUCUGAGAAAAUUAAGUGCCGAGGACAAAAGUAAAGACAAUUUCUUCAAUAUCUAUGGUCAAACUUCACGAAACUGGAUGAUGCUUGCUCAAGCAUGUGCUUUCAACGCUGUUCCAAUCUCAACAGCAUAUGAUUCCCUCGGUCCAGAUGGUUUGAAACAUGCUUUGAACGAGACUGAGGUUCACGGAAUGUUUACCAAUGCCGAUCUCCUCAGUACUUUGGUCAAAGUGAUCGAACAAUGUCCACAUGUCAAGUUAAUAGUUUACGAUGGUAAAUCCGAAGACGGUGCAGUUGACAAAGUUAGAGCUAUCAGAGAAGAUAUCAAAGUCGUUCAUCUAGAUGAAGUAAUCGAAUUGGGUAAAAAGAAUCCUGUGGAAGCUAUACCUGCUAAAGCAGAAGAUGUCUACUGUUGCAUGUACACUUCCGGUUCAACUGGUACUCCUAAAGGUGUACUCCUGACCCACAGAAACGUAGUCGCAGCUAUCGGAUCUGUCUGGACUCUUCUUUACGAAUAUCUCACUACCAAAGAUGCUUAUCUCGCCUUCUUGCCUUUGGCACAUAUCCUCGAGUUCGUCGUUGAGAACUCUUUCGUUUUUGCUGGUUUGCCAAUCGGUUAUGGUCGAGUCAAGACAUUGACAGAUGCAAGCGUCAGAGAAUGUAAAGGUGACAUAGCAGAAUUCAGACCUACAAUCAUGGUCGGUGUUCCCGCCGUAUGGGAAUUAAUCCGGAAAGGAAUUCUAUCGAAAGUCGAUUCAGCUGGAGCUCUCAAGAAAUCUAUCUUCAAUUUCGCACUCAAAGCUAAACAAACAGCUAACGAGUACUCUCUUCCUCUUAUCGGUGGUUUGACGGAUAAAGUUGUCUUUGAUGCUGUAAGAGCUCAAACUGGUGGAAGACUCAAGAUCAUGUUCAACGGUGGUGGUGCAGUUUCAAAGAGCACUCAAGCUUUCUUAUGUACCGCUUUAGUCACCAUGAUUCAAGGUUACGGUCUUACCGAAUCUACUGCUAUGGCGGCUAUCCUCAAUCCCGGUUGGAUGCAAUACGGAGCUGUUGGGGGACCUGUACCCGCUGCUGAAGUUAAAUUGGUAGAUGCAGCUGAGGCAGGAUACUUUUCAACUAAUACUCCACCUCAAGGUGAAAUCUUAGUUCGUGGACCUGCGAUUUUCAAAGGAUACUACAAACGACCUGAUCUUGAUAAAGAAGCAUUCACUGAAGAUGGUUGGUUCCGAACUGGAGAUGUUGGACAAUGGAACAAGGAUGGAACAUUGGCAAUCAUCGAUCGACUCAAGAAUCUAGUAAAACUUGCGGGAGGAGAAUAUAUCGCAAUCGAAUACCUUGAAUCAAUCUAUAAAUCAUGUCCAUUAGUUGCCAAUGGUGCGAUAAUCGCGAAUGGUGAACAUAAUAAUCCUGCAAUGGUAGUUGUAGCUCAUCCUACAAACUUACCUGCUUUCGCCAAAAAGAACGGUUUUGGUGAUGGUGAAGAUUUAGAACAUCUUUGUAAAGACGAUAAAGUAGUCGACGCAGCUUUGAAAGAAUUAAAUGCUGUAGGUAAAAAAGCUGGAUUAAAGGGUUUAGAACAACUCGAAGCUAUAGUUCUAGUAGCGGAUGAAUGGACUCCUGAAAGUGGUUUCUUAACUGCCGCUCAAAAACUUCAAAGAAAACUUAUUUCCGAGCAUUACGCUGAUAGAAUCAAGGCGAGUUCUGAACUUUUCUAUCUGAAUCGCCACUUGAGCGCGAUAUUGUGGUAUGAUCCUCUUGUGCUAAUGAAAGACUCUCCCUUCACAAUAGGCCGUUUACCCUUAAGUGAUGAGUUACGCGACGGCUUCCUUGCAGUUUCUCUUUUCCUAUCUUCCACUCAUGAUCAAUCAUACCCGGCUCGUGAUUUUCAAGUAGAUGUGUGA